CCAAACGAAACCUUGAAAAAUAGCCCCCCGAUGAUGGAUCGAUGGAUCGAUCGAUCGAUCGAUCGAUCUGUUCCAUCCGGAGGAUCAUUGGCAUGUUGCUCUUGCAACCAUCCUCAUCUCUCUCCCCGUACCGGUACGAGUACUUGCGAGCUUGCAUCAAUCCUGCAGUUGCUGCGCCUCGAAUCCACCACAGGAAUGGAUGGGAUAAGAGGCAUCGUCACAUUGAUUGAAUGAACCUUCCGACCGAUGGCGGCGGCAGCAGUGGCAGCGGCAGCAAUGGCACAAAGGCGAUCGGCGGCUCCGAUGGCGGCGGUGUGGUCCGUGGUACCGGCACCGGCGCUAGGCCGUGCAUCCUGAUCGAGGUGUGCCGGGGGCCCGACUGCACGGGGCUGGGGGGAGGAAUCGCCGUCCUGGAGAUCGAGGAACUGGUGCAAGAGCACAACAGCGGCGGUGCAACCCCAAGCGCAACCACAAGCGCAAGCGCAGGCGCAGACACAGACACAACCCCAACCGGCGGMGCGAAGCUGCGCGUGGUGGACGGGGGCUGCCGGGACCUCUGCUCGGUCGGGCCGAACGUCCACGUCCUCGCCUCGCACCCUUCCAGCGGGCGGCGGAAGCGCAGARCCCGGAGGACCCUCCUGGAAUCCGUCCACUCCGUCGGGGAUCCGGGGGCCUGCUUGCGCGCUUUGGAGACCGCCGCUGCCUGGGGGGGAGCGUCCCCCGGCCCUUGCGGCGGCGGUUCUCCCCCUGCGGCUCAAGCGAAGGCGUCCCMGGUGGACAAGGCCUUUUCCGUGCUGGCCCGGAGGACCGAGCGGGCCCGGUGGGAGGCCCUCAGGGACGUCUCGCGGACGAUCGCAAGGUGCCGGAGGGCGGCGGGCCAACACGAUGGAAGCGGCCCUUCCGCAAGGAAGCUCGCGGCCUGGAAGGACUCCUGUAGGGACCGCAUCGAGCGGGGCCCGGCCGGGACCACGCCGAGGGACCAGCGGAGGACGAGGCGGCUGGUCGCCAUUGCCUCGGAACGGCUCGAUCGCUCGUGCCGGGGCGGCGAGAGCAGCGACGGUGACGAGAGCGACAGCGACAGCGACACCAGCGGGGACGAAUGAAAGAGAGAAAACGGCGGGAAACGCCCUCGGUGUGGAUCGAUCCACGUGGAGGUCGGCCGUUUGGUAGAAACACCAAACGAAAAUGCCAUCGAACCCAUCGAUUGGCGCUGGAGGAGAGGACUGCCGAGGAGCCCGGUCGCACGCAAAUGACAAACCAACCAUCAUGGGCGAUGAACGGUGAAAUCUAUUCUGUGGGACUUUGGUCGGCCUGCCAUGAUCCCAUAGACUGCAACGCA